GCCGAAGCAGCUUCCUUCACCCCCCUCCGCUCGCCCCGUAGCCCUAGGGCAGGGGGCCGCAGUCUAGGGGCGGGCCCAGGGGAGGGGGGCAGGUUACAGGGACCCCCCCCUCCCCGGGAACCGGCGGUGGGCGGGGCUUGAACCCCGGAAACGGUGGGGGGGCCCAGGCCUGGUCCUGGACCCCUGGGCAGUGGGAGCCGGGAAGGGGCCAGUUAAAGGGCCGGGGGCACUGUGGAGAGGUGGGGUGGGGGGAGGGGAGCUGUGACUCAGACCCCGGACUGAGUGGGGCCCGGGCAGAAGCUGAGCACCCUGCGCCCGAGGAGCCCCCGUUGGCCUGGGGGGGCUGAGGGACUGAGCCCCCCAGAGCAGGACCUCCCCCUGGAAGGGCCGCGCCGCAGCCCGUGGGAGGGCCUCGCCCCUGGCGCCCCCCAUCUCCACUCGCCGCCGUCCCGGCCUCCGCCGGAGGGAGGGGCCGAGCGCCCUCGGGGGGCCGUGGACCCCGGCGUUCUGAGCGUUCCGCGCCCCGCGCCGCCCGGCCCCCCCGCCGCCGAUGGCCGCCGACCCGCCGGGAGCUGCCGAGAAGGGAGAGAUGGCUCCCGGGACACGUGUGAGCCCUCGGCGUUGCUGACGCCCCCAAUGUCGUCGAGCAGCCGGGGGCCGGGGGCCGGAGCGCGCCGACGCCGAACCCGCUGCCGCCGCUGCCGGGCCUGUGUGCGAACUGAGUGCGGGGACUGCCACUUCUGCCGAGACAUGAAGAAGUUCGGGGGGCCCGGGCGCAUGAAGCAGUCGUGCCUGCUCCGGCAGUGCACUGCCCCCGUGCUCCCACACACAGCUGUGUGCCUCUUAUGUGGGGAGGCUGGGAAGGAGGACACAGUGGAGGGAGAGGAAGAGAAAUUUGGUUUGAGCCUCAUGGAGUGUACAAUCUGCAAUGAGAUCGUCCACCCUGGCUGCCUGAAGAUGGGGAAGGCUGAGGGUGUCAUCAAUGCGGAGAUCCCUAACUGCUGGGAGUGCCCUCGAUGCACCCAGGAAGGCCGGACCAGCAAGGAUUCAGGUGAGGGACCAGGCCGCCGCAGGGCUGACAACGGCGAGGAGGGCGCCAGCCUGGGGAGUGGAUGGAAGCUGACGGAGGAGCCGCCGCUUCCACCACCCCCACCCAGGCGCAAGGGCCCCCUACCUGCUGGGCCCCCCCCAGAGGACGUGCCUGGGCCCCCCAAAAGAAAGGAGAGGGAGGCAGGGAAUGAGCCCCCCACCCCAAGGAAAAAGGUGAAAGGAGGCCGAGAGAGGCACCUGAAGAAGGUGGGUGGAGAUGCCUGCCUCCUCCGAGGAUCGGACCCAGGCGGCCCCGGCCUUCUGCCCCCCAGGGUUCUGAAUCCAAGCCAGGCUUUCUCGUCCUGCCACCCUGGGCUCCCUCCCGAGAACUGGGAGAAACCAAAGCCGCCUUUGGCCUCUGCUGAGGGCCCGGCAGUGCCGUCCCCAUCGCCACAGAGGGAGAAGCUAGAACGUUUCAAGCGCAUGUGCCAGCUGCUGGAGCGGGUGCCUGACACCUCCUCGUCCUCCUCAGACUCGGAUUCUGACUCCGACUCUUCAGGCACAUCGCUGAGUGAGGAUGAGGCCCCUGGCGAGGCCCGGAAUGGGCGACGGCCAGCCCGGGGCAGCUCGGGCGAGAAGGAGAACCGCGGGGGGCGGCGGGCUGUGCGCCCUGGCAGUGGGGGGCCCCUCCUCAGCUGGCCCCUGGGCCCCGCCCCACCGCCCCGGCCCCCACAGCUGGAGAGGCACGUGGUACGGCCCCCACCUCGAAGCCCUGAGCCCGACACGCUGCCUUUGGCUGCUGGAUCCGACCACCCCCUGCCCCGUGCCGCCUGGCUUCGUGUCUUCCAGCACCUCGGGCCCCGAGAGCUGUGCAUUUGCAUGCGAGUCUGCCGGACUUGGAGCCGCUGGUGCUAUGACAAGCGUCUGUGGCCUCGAAUGGACCUGAGCCGGCGAAAGUCACUGACCCCGCCCAUGCUCAGUGGUGUGGUUCGUCGCCAGCCCCGAGCCCUGGACCUCAGCUGGACAGGUGUCUCCAAGAAGCAGCUCAUGUGGCUUCUGAACCGACUGCAAGGCCUGCAGGAGCUGGUGCUCUCUGGCUGCUCCUGGCUCUCCGUCUCUGCCCUGGGCUCAGCCCCACUGCCGGCCCUGCGGCUCCUGGACCUUCGCUGGAUUGAGGAUGUUAAAGACUCCCAGCUGCGUGAGCUGCUGCUGCCUCCACCAGACACCAAACCAGGGCAAACAGAGAGCCGUGGGCGGCUGCAGGGGGUAGCAGAGCUGCGCCUGGCGGGCCUGGAGCUGACAGAUGCCUCCCUGCGGCUCCUCCUGCGCCACGCACCCCAGCUGAGCGCCCUGGACCUGAGCCACUGCGCCCACGUCGGAGAUCCCAGUGUCCACCUACUCACAGCCCCCACUUCCCCACUCCGGGAGACCCUGGUGCACCUCAAUCUUGCUGGUUGCCACCGCCUCACGGACCACUGCCUCCCGCUGUUCCGCCGCUGCCCGCGCCUCCGCCGCCUAGACCUGCGCUCCUGCCGCCAGCUCUCACCUGAAGCUUGUGCCCGGCUGGCAGCCGCUGGGCCCCCUGGCCCCUUCCGCUGCCCAGAGGAGAAGCUACUUCUCAAGGACAGCUAGUUGGGUGCCCCCCCCACCCUACCCCAGGACUCAUCAGGAGCCUGGACCUCGGGCCUUCAUUUUAUCCCUGCCAGGAGGCCAGGUUACCCACCUCAUGACUUGGGAUUCCUGCCCAGGGACUCGAGCCAGCCUCCCCCCCCUUUCUGCCCCCUGCACUGAUAUCUCUGGGGGUCUCUCCUUCCCAUCCCCUCUCCCUUCCACCUGCUUCAUUGUCCAUCCCCUGGGGGGAGUGGGUCAGAGGUACUGGGGGUUGCUGAGCCAAAGGGAUGGUGGGAGGGGGGUAAGGUGCAAGUUUGAGGGAGGG